AUGGCGAACUUUUUUUUUUCUUUUUGUUUAAAAGUUGAAGUCGUAGGAAAUAAUUUGGAUUUGACAAAAGUAAAAUUAUUCUACGAUUUAUCCGAUGAUUAUUCGGCGGUUGCAGUUGUCGGAUUAAAAAAACCAAACCAAGAAGAAGAUGAAUCCGAAGGAUUGAAUAAUUUAAAAGAAAGAAUAAGGAUAGCAGCUGCAGAUGGAGCACAUGCAUUGCAAAAUUUAAAAGUCGACGAAAUCGAAGUGGAUGGUUUUCAAGAUGCCGAAGCAGCAGCCGAAGGUGUCACUUUGAAAUUAUGGUGUUACGACGAACAUAAAAACGAAAUGGAUAAAUUAAAAGUACCUAAAGUUAAACUUUACACUGGAGGAUGUAACGACAAGGACGACCAAUGGAAAAUCGGUGUCGUGAAAGGAGAAGCACAAAACAUCGCCAGAAGGUUUGCCGAUGCACCCGCGAAUCUCAUGACACCGACCAUUUUCUCCGAAAAUGCCAAAAAAUUAUUCGAAGGUGUUAAAUCUGUUAACGUCACGGUUCACGAUAAAAAAUGGAUAGAAAGUCAAAAAAUGAAUACCUUUCUUAGCGUUUCAAAAGGUUCUGGAGAACCCCCGACAUUUUUAGAAAUCAAAUACACUGGAAAAUCAGCCGAAAGCUCACCGAUUGUUUUAGUAGGGAAAGGUAUAACCUUUGACACCGGUGGCGUUAAUUUGAAAACUGCAUCGGGUAUGUUGGAUAUGAGAGGAGAUAAAGGCGGUGCCGCAAGCGUACUCGCAACAACAUACGGAAUAGCAAAAUUAAAUCUUCCGAUCAACGUCACAACUUUGAUUCCGCUAUGCGAAAACAUGCCGGGUAGCAUAGCGAACAAACCUGGAGACAUAAUAAAAGCAAUGAAUGGAAAAACGGUUAGAAUCGAUAACACGGAUGCAGAAGGAAGAUUAAUAUUAGCCGACGCACUUCAUUACGCGAGUACAUUAAAACCUGAAUUCAUCGUCGACGUCGCAACUCUGACAGGAGCCAUGAUGAUAGCAUUGGGCGGCGAAGCCACCGGAGUUUUUACCAAUUCAAAUUCUCUGUGGAAACAACUCGAAGAAGCUGGAAGGUACACGGGAGAUCGCGUUUGGCGAUUACCCUUAUGGAAAAGCUACGGGAAACAAUUGAAAAGUUCACAUAUGGUCGAUUUAACGAACAUCGGUAAAAGUUCUGCGGGAGGAGCGUGUUCGGCGGCGGCUUUUUUAAAAGAAUUCGUACCACCCGUCGAUUGGAUGCAUUUGGAUAUCGCCGGAGUCAUGGGGCCUUCUUUAGAUAAUCCUUAUUUAAGAAAAGGAAUGACGGGUAGACCGACGAGAACGUUGAUUGAAUUUUUAAAAUCGAGAUGUUAA